GAUUUAUAUGAUGUUUGCACGGAAAAGGAUAGGAGUAGUAGGUACGUACGUGUAAUAGGUACGUACGUGUAAUGUGUGUUGUGUACUUGUGUUGUGUGUGUAUAGGUGAAGAUGCGAAAGGGAAGAAAAGAAAGAGUGUAGUAAGUAAAUGAGUAAUUAAGUAAACAACACUAAACAAAAACGGUAGCAAUAGCAAUAUAGCAUUGAUUGAUUGAUUAUUAGUGAGCAGUAAUCACUGAUGCGCACGAAACCUUCUCAAUUCUGCUGCUCCGUCUUCACGCCUUUCUCUGUUAUACAAGAACUGGAUCUGCAGCAUUCAAAUUAUGUAUUCUCGUGGAAAAUAUAUACAUCCGUCCAUAGUUUUUUUUUUUGCUAAAGGCCUCUAGUUCCCCUUACCAUUGAAGCAAAAGCAUCUUUUCUCUGCGCUUGGUUGUUUUUUGUUGGAAUGGUGGUGUUUGGUCUCUUUUUUAUGGUAAUUCUCAACAGAGAAGAUAGCUUUGUGAGCUCAAUUAAGUGAAUCUUGUUGAAACAGAAUGGGCCAAAAAUCUGAAGGCUCAAAUUGUAAGUUUGAAUCUAAUGACAGAACUGAUCAGAUGGGCAGAGAAAACGUGUCAGCAAUGACAAAGGAAGAAGUCAGUGAUGAUGGUUCCUCAAGUGUUGGGAUGGGGGAUUUAGAUUCUCACUCGCGAAUUAGUCUGGAGAAGGAGACAGGCUUGGCAAGUUGUCGUGUGUGCCAGUGUGCUGAAUCUGAUAAAAGGGGAGAUGCCGUGCUAGAAUUUUUGGGCAUCGCCCCAGUUAUAGAAAUGUGUAAAAUCAAGGGGGAAGUAAGGUCUGAUGACAAGGAAAUUCCAAAAUAUAUGUCUCUUAACAGCAAUAUUGAAAACAAAACUGGGAUGGUGGAAUUUGUAAGCCCUGAUGGGGAGGUUUUCAUUUGUAAAAAUGAUUUGGAAAUUGGUUUGUCUCAUCGGGAUACAUUAGUGGAACUUGGUUGUUGUUGUAAAAAUGACCUUGCUUUAGUGCAUUAUGCUUGUGCACUCAAGUGGUUUGUUAACCAUGGAUCUACCAUUUGUGAAAUAUGUGGACAUAUAGCAAAUAAUAUCAGAAUUUCUGACUUCAAUAAGGUUGUUGGUUCUUUGAAGGAGUAUGCAGCAUUGAGGGAAAGAACUGCCAGUGGGGAUCCCAGUCCUGCACAAGUUCAUGCAAAUACUGGUGUGGAUCCUGAUGCUGUGGCUGCUAUCCGUAGGCAACGGCUAAGUGAGAUUGCACUAUGGUUUUGUCCUCAUAAUAGUAGUAACAAUAACAACAAUAGCAAUGUGGACCCAGUAUCGCAGGUUUUUUCGGAGCAGCCUAUGAAUAUUGUUAUAGAAGAUGCUGGACCUAUGCAGAAUCCUGCAACGAAAUGGGCCGUGGAAGGCACAGGGAUCCUGCUUGCUACAGGGCUUCUUACCAUCACCCUUGCAUGGCUUAUAGCUCCUCGAGUUGGAAAGAAAACUGCAAAAAGUGGUCUUCAUAUCCUACUUGGAGGUGUUUGUGCUUUAACAGUGGUGGUUUUCUUCCGCUUUUUUGUGCUUACCAGAAUCAAGUAUGGACCUGCACGUUAUUGGGCAAUCUUGUUCGUUUUCUGGUUUCUUGUAUUUGGAAUAUGGGCUUCACGGACACACGGUGCCCAUACAACGUGAUCCCUUAGUACAGCGCUUUACCAUCUUUCUGAAGUCCUUUCUCCCUCCCAUCUUUGUUAAGUCCUUGCCAUCUUGAUUAUUGAGAUUUUUAUUUUAUUAGAUAUUCAUUAUUAUACCAGUAAUGAGUCUAUUUGGUAGAUUCUUAAACUUGUUCAAUUCAAAAUAACAAAUAUGUUGUAUGCAAGCUAGAUUUUUGAACGCUAGUUUUAAUCUUUUUUCAGUUCUUAUAUAUGUAUGUGUAUAUUUAAACGGGUGAACGUGUGUAAUCCUAUGCUCCGUUAUGUACUUGGUCAUGAAAAAUAUCCGAACUUCAGAAAUUGCGAACUAUUGGUUCAAUAAAUAAUAAUG